UGAAGGGCCCCUAUUAUUCGCAAGGGAGAGUGGAGAUCCCAGAGGGAAGGUAUGGUUGCGUUGCCCUCUUAUGCGAGAAUGAGUAUUUCAGAGCUUCAGACUCAAUGGCAAAAUCCAAUUGUAUAAGGCGAUCUAAUGCAGAGAACAACGACCUUGUUUAAGCUAAAUACUAUCUUUCCCCUCUCUGCUGAAAAGCUUGGGUGUUUUGCCGCGUUAGUGAUUACUGUAGGUGGGGUCUGCAUAGGAGGCAAAAGCUUCGGUCACAUCCGAGAGGAAAUAAAUGCCCCCACUCCCUCGGAGAGCAGACGUUGUCACCGGAGCUGGCGAGUGGUUAUUCUCGGCUGACCUCCUCCCCACAGUACAAAUACCCUGCUGCACUGCAGAGCGGCGACAAGAGCUCGGCAAAACGCUUACGGUACAGAAAGAACACCUCGCCGCUUACAAGCUACGGUUAGACUGCGCUGCGCACUCACAACAUGGUUUUAUUUGAUGCACAUGUCAAACGCUCAUUGUGGGAGAACUGCCAGAAAUGACGUUUUAUUUUAUUUUUGCAAGAAGACUGCUCUAAAUUGGCACACCAGUCACGUUAUUUCCACAACCCGUGCCGCUUUGCUGCGGAUGCGAAAUCCUUGCGGUACUGCUAUGUCCUUUGUCGUUGGCGUUAGCAAGCCAUUCAGCUCCAAGUGGUUUCAGAAGUGUCAGUUGAUAAGGACAUCCAAAGCAGAAGUUACCAGUGAUUGUAAACAGCGAACGCUGGCUAGUGCCUCCAACACUGUUACCGGAAUCAAUUGAAAUACCAGGAUCAUAUCAGAGAAGCAACAAGUUAGAAGAAACCUUUUUGCAUUCUUCUGCUGUGGUGUUCCGGGUCUAUAGAAUCUCCUUACGUAUACAGGAGAACUGCCCACACAGACAUCUAGCUCUCAAAAUGUCAGAAGUUCUGAGUGCACUAGUCCACGCCUCAGAAAAAUCUGCAAACAUUGCUCGUGCUUGCAAACAAGAGGAGGCGCUCUUCCAGCUUUUGGUGCAGGAAAAAAAAGGCAGUGAGAAAAAUAAGAAAUUUGUCAGUGAUUUCAAAACACUGGCAGACGUGUUGGUUCAGGAGGCAAUCAAGCAUGACAUGGGAAAAAAAUUUCCAGGACUGGAAGAUCACAUAUUUGGUGAAGAAUCAAAUGAAUUCACUAACAGUUUGGGAGAAAAGAUUAAAGUUGGAGUGUGUGCAACAGAGGAAGAUACAGCAGAGUUGUUGAGCAAAGUGCUAAAUGGAAACAUAACUGCAGCGGAACUACUGGCUUCAAUUAUACAUCAUGAUGUCUCAAUUGAAGAUCCAGCACUGGAAAAGUUGGCAGCAGAAAUCCCCCAGGAUACCAUGGCCCUUUGGGUAGAUCCUAUAGACUCGACAUUUCAGUACAUAAAAGGAUAUGCUGACGAGAAGUCAAAAGAUGGAAUAUACUCCAAAGGCCUUCAGUGUGUAACUAUUCUAAUUGGAGUGUACAACAGAAGUUCUGGGCUGCCAAUAAUGGGUGUCAUCAACCAGCCAUUUGUAACCCGUGACCCAGACAGUCUCAGGUGGAGCGGACAGUAUUUCUGGGGGCUUUCAUAUCAAGGCAUCAAUAUAUGUUCACUACAAAUUGGUGCGAACACAGCUUCUCAACCAGGUGAUGAUCAGGGUGAAGUCCCAAGGCAGAAGGAGAAGAUGCCAGAUAGAGACAAUGAUUUGUCAGCUGUCAUGAGUACAAGUGAAAGUGAGAGCAUUAAGUCAGCAUUAUCAAAGCUACGGUUGUAUUACGCUGCAGGUGCUGGCUACAAGAGCCUCUGUGCUGUGCAAGGUUUUGUCAGCGUCUACCUUUUGUCUGAGGACACCACUUUCAAAUGGGACUGUUGCGCACCGCAUGCUAUACUGAAGUCCCUGGGUGGAGGCAUGGUAGACUUUCGAGAAUACUUGAAAAGAAGAAAAGAUGGCAAUCUAGAUGAACUUCCUGAGCUGGUGUAUAACAUGCCAGUGGACGGGGUAACAGGGUCAGACAGAUGGGCCAAUAAGGGAGGCUUGGUAGCUUAUAGAUGUCGCAAGCAUUUGGACACCAUCAUGAAUAUCAUUUCGAGUGUGGACCCCUGAUAUCAGUGACCACCUUGUAACUGGCAUUCCAUUUGAAGAAAGCAUAUCUUAAGUUGUUAAUAUGUACUUAAUCUAUGGCUUGUGUUCCAAGUUUGGACUUCACAUGACUCAGCAAUAAAAAAAAAACCAAAGUAUCACGUCA